AAAAGAUACAAUGAAUAAAGAUGGAAAGUCAGAAAGCUAACUAUUAAAAGAAAAGGCCAAUGCAUAUUACUGGAAAGGUAUGUUAUUCGAUAUACCUUAGGGAACUCUUUAUAAAAAUUUGGAAGAUUUGAAGAAGCAUUAGAGGCCUAUGAAGAAGCAAUAAACAUAGAACCUAAAAAUGUUGAUGCAAUUAAUGGCAAAGGUGUAGAUCUCUAUUUAUCAAUAGGAUUUGUUUUAGAUAUUUUGGGUUUACAUGAGUAAGCUAUUGAGGAGUUCACAAAAGCUCUUAAAAUUGAUCCAAAAUUUAUUCUUGCAUAUAACAAUAGAGGUGAGAAUUAUGUAUAUUAUAUAGGAUUGGCAUAUGAUAAGUUGUCUAAUUAUGAUAAGGCCAUUGAGGAGUACACAAAAGCAGUAACUAUUGAUAAAUAAUACUACAUAUCAUAUUACAAUCGAGGUGCAUAUUCAUGAUUAUGAAAUAGCUAUUGCCUAUUAUAAGUAAGAAAAUUAUGAUAAGGCUGUUUAAGAUUUCUCAACUGUGAUUAAGAUUAAUCCAGAAUAUGCUAUGGCAUAUUAACACAGAGGUAAUUCUAACAAUAUCAUAAUAAGGUGAGAUUUAUCAAUUGUAGAAUAAAAAGGAGGAUGCUUUGUCAGAUUUCAUGCAAGCAAUGAAGCUUGACCCAAGUGUAACCCUUCCACUUCCACAACUCGGUUGAAAAUAUUAUUCUUAUUCAUUAGAAGCAAUCUCUGAAAAGAGCCCAUAUGAGACACCAUGCCAACACUUCACCUUAGCCAUAAUGCACUUACCAAACAAUAUUAGGGCUUAUAACAACAGGGGUAAAAUUGAUAUCUUAUCAAUAGGAUUUGCGUUAUUUGAAAUGAAUAAACCACUUGAAGCUUUAGAAAAUUAUAAUAAGGCAAUAGAGAUAAACCCAUCAUAAGCGAUUUUAUACUACAAUAGAGGUGAGAAUUCAGAUAAUAUAAUAAGGAAAUAUUUUUUAUUUUUUGAAUCAGUUUGAUAAGGCUAUCUAGGAUUACUCAAAGACUAUUUUAAUUGACCCAAAUUAUGCAAAGGCAUACAAAAAUAGAGGUUUUUUAUUAGAAAUUAAUAGCAAGGAAUUAUUUAUAAAUUGUAAGAAAAAUUUGAUGAAGCUUAAAAAGAUUAAGAAACUGCAUUGAGUCUUGACCCAUCAAUAAAAUCAGCAAGUGAAUAUAAAGAAUUAAUAAUUAGAAAAUUUUAUAUUUAGCUUGUGCCUUUUUGAUUUGCCACAAAACCCCAAUUGUUAAUAUUAAAUUUAUGUCAUUAGUACAAAAUAUUUAGAAAGCUGUUGAGUCUUUCACAGGUGCAAUUUAACUAUCUCCAAAAAUGGUAGAAGCAUAUUAAUAAAGAGGUGAAUAUUAAUAACUUAUCAUUAGGAAAAGCAUAUUUCAUACUGAAAUAAUAUAAGGAAUCACUUCAAGAUUUUUCUCAAGUGCUCUUACUAGACCCAAACAACAAAGAAAUAAAUUUUUAUAUAGGUGAUGAUUUACAUCUUAUAGUUAGGAUGUGUUCUUAUUUAUUAACUAGCAUUUUAUUCUGCCUCCUGA